CCUCUUUGACAGACUCUGAGCUGAUUAAAACAGUUCGGGAGGUAAAAGUUGUGGACAUUGGUGCCAACUCAUUCAAACUGGCCUGGAAGAAAACACCAGGGGUCACUGGGUACAUGAUCACUUGGAGUUCUUUCCAUGGUGGAGAAAAAAAGAGUGAGGUUGUAUCUUCUUCUGCCACGUCCUUCACCAUCACUGAUCUGCCUGCCAGUUCUGCAUACAAGAUCCAGGUUUCUGCAGUGGUCAGAAGCAAAGAGGGAAGUCCAGUAAUGGUGACCGCCCGCACAUUGGAUCUGCCCAAGGUGACUGGAUUCAGUGCUCUGAACACCACCGACAACAGCACUGUACUGAACUGGACCAGUGUAACUGGAGCAUCUGGAUACCUGCUAUCCUGGAGACAUAUAUCAGUGGGAUCUCCUCAUCUCAUUCCUGUCCAGAGCCCUACGCCGGCCCCUGUUUCUGCUAAUACCAAAAUCAAUGACUUGCCCUUCCCCACCACAACCAGAAAUGCUCGCACCCCGUUGGUCAAAGCCCCCAGCGUACCCACUACCACUCAGAGACUCGCUGUGAGGUCUCAGAUCACUACUGGCCAAACGGCUUCAGCAUUGACCAGAAUUACCACAGUAAAUCACCAGACCACCCUGUCUGUCGAGACACCUCCACCUGGACCAGGUCAUUAA